UUUGCCAUCACCUCAGGAGCGGAGAGCCGGCCCCACGAGUGCUUCCCGCCAGCGGUUACCGGGCGCUCAGACACCGCUCCGUGUGCAGCCGUUCACCGAUCCGUCCCCGUCUCCACCCGGCGAUGAAAGGAGGGCCUGUUGCCUGCUGUUGUUCCGGCGGCCCGUGGUGUGAGUGUGAGCCGGCCGACACUGUGGGCCAUCAGCAGCAGCAGCAGGCGGCUCGGCUGGAGCAGGAGCGCCGGCUGCAGCUCCUCUUCCAGCAGCUCGAUGUUAACCAGGACGGCGGGCUCUGCGUCAACGACCUGGCGGCCGGCCUCCAGCGGCUCGGCGUCUACCGGACCGAGUCCGAGCUGAGGAAAGUUGUAAAAGCUGGUGACAAAGACUGCGAUGGCCAACUAGAUUUUGAAGAAUUUGUUCAUUAUUUAAAAGAUCAUGAGAAGAAACUCCGACUGGUUUUCAAAAGCCUAGACAAAAAAAAUGAUGGUAAAAUUGAUGCACAAGAAAUCAUGCAGUCAUUGCAUGACCUUGGAGUGCAUAUUUCAGAGCAGCAAGCAGAAAAGAUCCUGAAACGCAUGGAUAAAAAUGGAACAAUGACGAUUGACUGGAAUGAGUGGCGAGAUUAUCAUCUUUUACAUCCAGCAGACAACAUUCCUGAAAUAAUCCUAUACUGGAAGCACUCUACAAUCUUUGAUGUAGGUGAGAGUUUGACAAUCCCAGAUGAGUUCACAGAGGAAGAAAAGCAAACCGGGAUGUGGUGGCGGCAGUUGGUGGCAGGGGGAGGUGCGGGUGCUGUGUCCAGAACAUGCACUGCUCCCCUUGACCGGCUGAAGGUGCUGAUGCAAGUUCAUGCUUCCAAAUCAAACAAUAUGUGCAUCGCAGGAGGAUUUAGCCAUAUGAUUAAAGAAGGAGGAUUGCGAUCUUUGUGGAGAGGAAAUGGAAUCAAUGCGAUCAAAAUUGCACCAGAGUCUGCUCUCAAAUUCAUGGCAUAUGAACAGAUAAAAAGACUAAUUGGUAGUGACCAGCAGCCGUUAGGAAUUCAGGAGAGAUUGAUUGCAGGAUCAUUAGCUGGACUAAUUGCACAGAGUACAAUCUAUCCAAUGGAGGUAUUAAAAACAAGAUUGGCAUUGCGGAAAACCGGACAGUAUUCAGGAAUGCUUGAUUGUGCAAAACACGUAUUUAAGAAAGAGGGGAUUAGAGCAUUCUACAAAGGCUAUGUUCCCAAUAUGCUGGGCAUCAUCCCCUACGCUGGAAUAGACCUGGCUAUUUAUGAGACUUUGAAGAAUUCCUGGUUGCAGCGCUAUGCCACUGACAGUGUGGAUCCUGGGGUCUUUGUUCUCUUAGCUUGUGGCACUGUUUCGAGCACCUGUGGACAGCUAGCUAGUUACCCAUUAGCACUUGUCAGGACACGAAUGCAGGCGCAAGCUACCGCUGAGGGAGCACCUCAGCCUACAAUGCUUGGACUCUUCAGGCACAUUCUGAGCACAGAAGGAGCAAUUGGACUAUACCGUGGCUUAGCACCAAAUUUCAUGAAAGUUAUUCCAGCUGUGAGCAUUAGCUACGUGGUGUAUGAAAACCUGAAAAUGACACUUGGAGUCACAUCGCGAUGAAACUCCAAAGGGACUUGAAGUUGAUUAAUCUUGGGUGAUCAUCCUGGGGUUUUAACCAUCUCAUUCUGUGAAUGUCAUAAAACACUAGUUAAGUAAGGACACCACUGGGGAAGAAGGUUAAAGGGCCCAUUUCCCUGACACAUUGUCAGCAGGUUUAUUUUCUGAUCAGCCUUUAAUUUUGACAGAAGUUGAAAAAUGCAGCCUGGGUCCUUGUUGGAGCUGAUUUGUGUACAACUAUCCCUACUGCAGCUGUCAUCAGCCAUUCAAAUUGCCACUUGAAGCAUUUUAAAUGUUACAUGACGCUGUAUUACAAAUACCCAUGUGAAAAAUACUCUCUUGCAACCAUGUGAAAUUCUUCAUCUGCUGAUUUUUAAUAGUAGUGCUGCCCUAAAUUUUAAAAUUUAGUGCUGAUUGGGUUGGUGCUGAGGUUAAAACAGCAAAUAGAAUAUCAUAGGAAUGCAUUGAAGUGUUAACCAAUUAGCGUCACUGAUCAUCUUUGCUAUUGAGGGAGAAAGAAAAGGUCAAGAAUUAAACCUUUUUUUAAUGAACAGGUUUGGGUCUGUGAAGAAUUAGAAUUUCUGCAAUCAAAUGUAAUGUGGCUGUGGAUUUCCCCUCUGAUUUGUAACUUGACCUGCAUAACUGGAAAGCUCCAGAAAGGAUUCUGGUUUCCAUUUUUUUAAAUUCUGGAGACAAAAGUAUUUUCAUUCUUUUGUCACAUUUGCACAUUUCCUGAGUUUCAUUACCAGCUGAGUUAAUUUUAUCAUGGUAUCUGGUUUUAUCAUGCACUUCAGAGGUAAGCUGGAUAUUUGUUAUUUAUUGUUUACAAGUUUGCAAAAGGCUUAUAAUCUGAUAGUGGACACUUAAUCACCUGGUGAAGGAACCAAAUAUUAGUUCCGUGUAAGGUUAUGUUAGACUAUCAUGAGUGAAGUUAAACCCACCCUUUGCAGUUUCUUUUAAAUCUCCUUCACUUUGUGCUGCGUGGGUCAUCCGUCUUAUGGAAAUCUUAAAUAAUUGUCUCACAUUUAGAAAGGGGGUUAAAUUAUUUAUUUUUAUACGCCUUGCUGUGCUAACCAGAUAUUUAUUAAUAAAUGUGACUUAAAUGAGGGCAGAUUGUGUUGCUGUCUUUUGCAUGUCCUAUAAUUUAACAGUUCACUUUGUAUGGGUUUUAAAUCCUCUUGAGCCCUUUCUAAUGUGUGGAGGCAUUGAUUAACGUUAUCAGUCAUUUUGACUUUUUUUGUUAAUUCCAGAUUCUCUUUUUUUUGUUUUGGUUUGAAUGAGCAAUGAAAGGAAUGAAAGCAUGUAUACAACACAGG